AGGUGCUGGCCACCAACUCAUUCAAGAAACACACUCUUUAACCUGUAUCAUUUGAAUAAUUCGUAUUUGACCCAUGAUGCACCACAAUAUUUUAUUUCCUCCUGGCGGCCAUAGAGGGGGGGUCGGUUGAGUACUUAUGCAAGCAUGGUAUGUAAGCAUGACCCCUAGACUCCAUGAUAUUUUCCCUCAUUUCUGAAUUCAUACUCGAGCACUAUUGACAUUACCGCUAGUAGCAUGAUCACCGUACUUUGCAUGAACAUGAAGAAUUGGAAAGCCCAGAGGCGCCGGCGGGUUCCGGCUCACCCUUCACUGUUGUGGCACGCAUGCAGCUUUUUCUUUCACGCGCAUCUUCUUCUACGCCUUGGUGCGAAUGCCGCAGCCGGAGAGCUGCCGCAAGAAGGUCUUGAUGUACAGCUCCGAGCGACCACAAGUAAUAAUACUUGGAAUAAUUAUAUGCUACGCGAAGAUGUUGAAACAACUUCCGGAACAAUUGAACUGCAGCACCACGCAGCCAGCGAAGCACCUGAGAAGAGGCGGAGCUUGUCAUUGCCCUCCUGCCAAAGCAACCCCUGCAAGUUCAUGAAGGACUUUACCUACCGCCAGGUAAACGUGGUGGACCGUUCCGAGGAUAUGCACAUCUCGUACACGCAUCUGGAGGAAUUCAAGAUGUGCCUCCGCGAGUACAGCGUGAAUCACCAGAAUUGCCACCGCUACCGCUCUAGAAGCACCACGAUUCCUAUCCUCACCGCCGCGUGCAGUGGUAGCUCCAGUUGCAGCGAGUGUCGGACGAGGUCUGGCACUUCCAGCGAAGGAACUCUGUACUUCGGGGUUCGCUGCAGCGCGGACCGGAAGCGGUGCCACCACGCCAUAACCGCGUCCAAGCAGGGGGGCUCCUGCCAGAAAACGGCCCAAGCCGCAGAACAGAAAAUGGACGACCUCGCGUUCCUCGCGGCCACGGACGCGCUCGCGUGGCGCGAUGCGCAGCCGGUGUACCACUUGGAUGGGUACCGCGCCAACCUGAUGGGCAGCGUCGGCGGCUGCCAGGACAGCACCGGUCGGGAUGUGUCGAACAGCAAAUACGACGGGCGGUACGUGCGCGGGCCGAGCACCGCGGCCGGUGCCUGCGGAGAGCAUCCGACCGCGGUUUCCGCCGCGGCCGACACCCCGGUGUCGCAGUACCCGGACGCGCUGCGUUUCGUGCGCGACCAAUGCGACAAAGACGACCGGUGCCAGGGGUUUUAUCUAUCCAACACGCUCCCAACACUUAGCAUCGCACGGCCGUACAAGCUGGUGGUCCCGACCGUGUUCGCGCACCGAAUCAAAAGCACCAAGGACGACGUCGCUACGGUGCUGCAAUCCGCGAACGACACGUGGAGCUUCGGGUUCGGCACCCCGGUGUGCUCGGCCUGGACGCAGCUGGAGGAUCUGUAUUUGAAGGAAAUCGGUCCGUUCGCUUGUCCCGAGCCCGCGGUCCCGGAUGCGUCCACGGGCGGCGACCGGCCCCGGUGCGGGCCCGCCUACCACAACCGGGUCUGCUUCCACAAGGACUAUCCCUACUGCCGCGAGGCGCACGGGUUUUGCGAGAACACGCCGACGCAGAACACGUUUCGGACCAACGGGGUCAUGGGUCUCGGGGGCCACUACGAGCACGACGCGAGCAUUCUGUACCGCCGCACGGGGAAGUGGGACGGCCCGAGCUACCCGCUGCACUGCCACGAGGCGCUGCGCCUCGGCUUGACGAGCGGUAGCGAGCACCCCGCGUUCGUCGUGAACGAGGCGCGAAUGACGCCGCAAACGGGCGCCGUGCUCACGUACGGAAUGUGCGGGGAGAACACGGACCACCGACAGGGGGCGCCCCCUUUCACCGCGGGCGUCCAGUCGCAGUGCUUCGGGGAGCUGCCCGGGUGCAGUGACACCUGCCCCACGGCGCAGAACGGCAUCUGCGAGGAGGAGACCGCGGAACACGUCGCGGGAGCGCCCACGGCCACGCAGGCGGGUCAUUUUACGUCGGUAAAGCCCGCACUCGGCAGUUUGCGGUUCACCUGCCCGCGUGGGACCGACUGCACAGACUGCGGUCCGCGGCCGGGGGUUUGGCGACGCGUAUUCUCUUCGGGGCUGGAGCGGUACGACAAAGACCCCGUGAACAGCACGCAGGGCUUGGAACGCGAACUGCGCGACAUCUUCCAGGAGAUUGUGGGUGCGGAGCAGCUCGUGCCCGUGCCAACGCCCAUGCCGCCCCCGGGCGUCAUUCCGGUGGACGCGGCGGUUGGCGGCAGCUAUCCAGCGACCGACGCGGACCAGAAGGCCUACCAGUCCACGGCGCCACACCCCGGCUACUUUGCGCGCGUGCGGGUGUGCCGGAACGUGACCAACAGCGUUGUCGAGGGAGAGUACCCCGGCGACUGCGUGGAGACGCUCGCGACGCUGAACUUGCGGCACCACUGGGGAACCGGGGCGCAGCCCUUCGGCCACGUGCGCAAGGGCGGCCUGACCGCCGGUUUCCUCGUCAACGGCCAGGUGUGCGACUCGUCUUGCUUGAAGAAGCAUCCGGACCUGGAUCACCUGAUGGCGAAUUUCGGCCGGUUUUCCGCCUCGAUGCCGCCGUCCGGUAGCACGGGGCGGCAGGGAGACGAAUUCAUGGAGGCCGCGAUGCAGUGGCGCCUGUCCAAGCGGCUGGUGCCGCGGAACAUGAAGGAACUCGGGUCGCUCCCGGACCGCACGCAAGCGCGGGACUUCUACCAGCCGGACUACCUGGUCGAGGAGGAGCAGAAGCAGAUCGAAAACGAGUGGAUCCGCGACCUGCAGUUCCAAACGGUGUCGUCCGCCUCGUCCGCGUGGGCGGGUCACGCCAAGCCCGGGUUGUACACCACCGCCCGAGAGGGUUUUUCGACCACAGCUUCCAAUUCCCUCAGUGAUGUACAGACGCUGCAAAUUCAGUUCACGGACGAUACACCGUUCGGCGUGUCGUUGGGGUCGACCACAACGCCCGACGCGUCGUUCACCGCGCCCGGUUUUUCGCAGGUCGGCUUCAACAUGUCCGUGCCGGGUUCGGGCGACGGUAACCUCUGGCUGGAGAACAGCACCAACAUUGCCGUCUACGUCAGUUGCACGCAGGCGCGACCGGGCGUCGUGUCCGCCGCGAACUUCGCCGCGCCGUCCACCGCGGAGCAGCAAAAAGAGAAGUGCAAGGUCCUUGUCGAGCGGACGCCGCGAGACGACGUUCUGCUGCCGUGGUACGCGAAGACCAACUUUCAAAACUCGAGCAGCGAGAUCGCGCUCUCCGCCACGAGCCCGCAGCAGCCCGCGCUGGCGGUGCCGCAGGCCGCGUUCACGGACCCAGGCUUCAAGUUCUUGAUGCAGUUCGACUACCAAGUCAGCGAUGUGAGUGGCAUUUGCGGCGGCGGUACCAUUGACAUGGUCGAUGACGCCGAGGACCCGCCUCUGGAUCUUGUGGCCCUGGGCGCGAUUGCUGCUGGCGGGGCGGUAACGCCACCGGGUCGGAACUUCAAAAACCACUUUGCAUUGAACGCAACCAUGGGACCGGGGCUGGCGAAAGGCUGGUACGACUACUUUACCAAUGACGCGGAGAUCAACUGGAAGCCCAGUAUGAAGCAGCGAUGGCUGCUCUCUCCGGACCAGGUCAAUGUGAUUGGCGCGAGCUGCCCCCAGUCCGACGCCAAUCAGGAAGAGAUGUAUUUCUACCUGCAGAUCACGGGCGUGCCGGACCUCGCAGCCGUGGAGCAGAUGCAGCGGCUAUUUUGGCACUCGCUGUGGCAGCGGAGAGUGUACGACAUGGCCAUAGGGGAUGUGUCCGCCAGAAACGUGCCCGUCACCCGGACCGGGGUGUUCAUGGUGUGGCGGCACCUGACCGCCGGGCUAGACGAAUCGCUGCCGUGGCAGCAGGCCAAAGCCGACAACAAGGUCGAUCUCGGCGUGCGGGCCCCUUACCCGGGCGGCAUCCCGGCCGCGAACCAAAAUUGGUGGGAGAUGUUCUGCCUCGGCUUUCGGUCCAGCUACUACGCGGGCGACCCUCUCAACGGGGGGCGGACCCGGUGGGGCCGGAUGGUUCCCCUUGGCCUCGGAGCCAGCUACUACGCCCCGAACUUGGUGCAGGCAAAGUUCCGGGAGGCGCAGGCCGGCGCUCGGGCCGACUCCAAGAAGGACUUUGCGCAAAUGUUAGUAGCGAACAAGCCCGGCAGUAGCUACUCGCAGUACCGCGUCGAGCUGGAGAUCCGGAUCGACUUCGGGGUGGCCGACGCGAAGUGCCCGCCGUUGGACAGCCCGGACGCCGAGGGCGGCAAGCAGUGGUUCGUGGACACGCUGGGCCCCCGGCUGUCCGAGGCUUUGUACCAGUUUCUGCUCAUGUAUGGGUCGCCGAGCCCGCAAAUCCCGCAGGGCAGCCGCCUGGUGUACGACACGCUGUCCCCGGAAAGCAAGCGGUGGGCUCCAAGUUGGCCGCUGAGCACACGCUUGCUAAACUCGUUGACGCGCAGCCACAUCCAGGUCACCUCCAUGCUUGCGCCGUGCCGCCGGUUUCACCGCCGCGUGGACCAAAUCAUGGCGCCCCAGGGUCCCUUCCGGUUCGAGAUUGGUCCGUUCUGGCGCCAGAAGAGCGCGGAAGAGCUGGCGCUCGCGCUGCAGGAGAUCGUGGAGUGGCGGGACGACGCGCUGCCCGACACCUGGCUCGCGCAAAACUCCUGGCUGGUGAAGGAAUCCCCCUGGCGGCACCUGGUGCAGACGUUUGACGACUACCUCGUGGUCGGGGUCGGCAAAACGGCGGACGCCACGACGGCGGAAAUCCGCGCCAACGUCUGGAACCGCGGCGGCGGCUCCGGGGGCCGCGCCGCGACCGUGAUGUACGUGGAGCCCACGCGGAACUACACGAUCUGGAAGUGGCACGGCGGCUACCUGCGGAACCACCCCGGCUACCGGUACCCCGCGGUGGUGGCGUACGCGACCUUUUCCGACAUCCAGCCCGCCGUGGGCGCGACCGCGCUCAUUCCCGCCCCGGACACGUACGCGGUCCUGUACGCGGCGCACAACCCGACGGCGGAGUGGCAGGCGAUGGACACGGUGGUGAGCGCCACGAGCGACGCGGGCGCGCCGCUGGACCCGGUGGGCAAGCUGUACACGCUGGCGGUGCACAUCGGUUUGAAACUCGUGUUUCACCCGGACCACGCGGUCCGAAACUGCGACGACAACCGCGUCUUUGACCUGGGCGGCACCGGGCAAAACCUGUAUUUGAAGCGGAAGGUGGGCGUGCCACUGCUGUUGGCGCUGAAGAGCUACGUAGACACGGUGCUGCGCAGUAAGCUGACGCACCCGUUCCUGCCGCACUUCAACCAGUACCGCGUCCUCGAUACGAAGUGCGCCCAGGCUUUGCAAGGCGGGUCUACUCCGUACAGCGACUUCUACGUGGAGAUUGCCGGCUUUCCCACCGCGGCGGGGGCCGAGGAAGUGAAAGCCGCGCUCGAGUUUGCCGGGGCGGUGGACUACUUGGCACCUGGUGCGCCGAGUUUGGACGCCGACAGCCAGGCACGCGAAAACAAGCACCUGGAGUACGUGGUUGCGCGCGCACUGGAAAAGUGGACAACGAAUGCGACGGUCGCGGACGGGGAGCCCCGCCUUUUCGUGCCCGACGGGAAAUACAUGAUUGUGGACGCCGCCGGCGAGCGGGUGCCGAAGCCGUGCUGUUUCCAGGCCCCGGUCGUGAUCUACCAGCAGCUGGGGGAUCCGACGGCCUUUCAGCGGACGCUGACGGUGCAGCCCUUUCCGUCCGCGGGGCUGCUGCAGAUGCAAACCUACGACCCCACCGGCACGUUUGUGCUGUCGAAGCAGGCGGACAACCCGUUCGGCGUCCGGUUCCGGCUACAGCUGCUGCUCGCCGUGGCCGGCUGCACGGACGACUACCUCGGCCUCGUCGCGGGGCAAAACCUCGGGCGCGCGAUCGCCUUGGCCAUGUACAACUUUUUCCGCCGGGACCCGAUUUACGGGUCGGAGCAGCCGUUCAACCCGCUGUUCGCGGGCCCCUUUCUCACCCACGGGCAGUACCAAGUGUGGCCGGACCCGGACAUGGGGUCCUCUUACGCGGCGAAGUGUGGCCUGGUGGGCACGACGCCCGCAGCGACGUCCUCGACCGGGCGACCAGUGGAUUACAGUUUGUUAUGCAAGUUGGAGAAGAAGCGCGCUGCGCGGUCUCAGUGAUGACAAAUAGAUAUAAUUACCCUGGUCAUUGUUGCACUUGUGGAAAGACGAUCCAGAAGUGGUGGUCCACACUUUCUUCUUGCACGGUCGUUUUCCUUGUUUUUGCCUUAUAGGCGUACCAUGGAAGUUGAAGAAUUUUGUCAUGCGGUAGUCGACAUAUUCGCACAAAAUAAUCUUUGCACAGCCACUGAAUAUCAAAGGCUCCGAGGACGGAAUCCUCUGCCGCUGUCAAGCAGAGGUGGACGAAGAUGCAUUUAACGAGGUACGUUCUUAUCACAGGACCGACUCGCGCGGUUUGCUUGAGUAUAGUUCUGUGACUGCAAGCACACCUGGGAUGUGGUCAGCCUAACCUACACGGUGUCGCUCACGAACUUGCUUGCGCAGCUGCCGACCACAUUGCCGACCUACGCGGAUAUCGGAACCUCAAACCCCUCCUCGGAUAUCGGACUUGUAAGCGGCCCCAUAUCAAACCCGGCCACAAGAAUUGAGCUGAGUGAGUUCCAAAAGGCGGAGUAUUUCGGCGGUGAUCUAAGUAACGAACGCAUGGCGUUUGCGCAGAAACUGUUUACCUGCAUCGAUGCGACUCAAGACGGUUUCCUGGACGCCACCGAAUACGGUAUGUUCGCUCUUAGCCCGGAAAGCAUCUGUGUGCCACCCGGUCCUAAAGCAGACGGGGAAACGUUAUGAAAUGCAAAAUUUGAUGUGGUUUCUGUGCGAAGUAGAAAUGCCUUACUUACAUUUUUGUACGACGUUAUACAUCCUGCAUGCACCGGAAGUAGCUCGGGUCAAAUAUUUUUCCAAAGAAGGGCCCAACCAUCAUGUAAAGUGUAAAAGAACUGAUCUCGUCCUCCGUGACAGCACUUCUUUGCCAAUAGUCUCCAAGGCGCCUACGAGCUGUUGCGCAUCACAAAGUAUUACCUCAUGAGUGAUCCGUAGAUCGCAGAAACAUCGAUCGAAUUUUGCGUUUGAUAUCCCCUCGCCAAGUUCCACUCCUUCCGCAUUCAGCUCGUGGGCGUUGACACGUACGAGAACGCGCUGAUAAUCCACGACGCGAUCGCGUACGCGUUCGAGGAGGACCUGGCGCUGAAGGGCGGGCGGAUCCGCAUGCGGCCGUACCUGGAGGCGGCGCUGUACGGCAACUUUUACGCGGCGCAGGAGGGCCAGGGGGCGGCGGGGGCGGCGGGCCCCGGGUUGCGGAUGGUGGACGGGAACCUGGUCCCGUACGACCCGGAGCGGUUUGUGGCACUGCCCACCACCACCACCACGACCACCACGACGGUGACGACCACGACGGUGACCUACACAACCACGACCACGUCCACGACGACUUCCACCACGACGACGGCCACCACGACCACCACGUCGACGACCACGGCCACUACCUCCACGACCAGCACCACCACCGAAACGUCCACCACGACGACCACGUCGACGACCACUUCCACCACAACGAUCACGACGACCGACACCACCACGGUUACGUCCACCACCACCACCACGAGCACCACCGUGACCGUAACGACGACCGUGACGUCGACCACGACGACGACCAGCACGACGGUGACCUCGACUACCACCACCACGUCGACCACGACCACGACCACCACCUCGACCACCACGGUGACGUCCACCAGUACCACGACCACGACGUCCACAACGACGAUGACCGUGACCACGACGACCCUGGAGACCAGUACCAGCACCACGACGACCACGACAACCUUCACGGAAACCAGCACGACCACGACGACGUCCACCACGACAACGUCCACGACCGCGACGACCACCACGACCACCACCUCGACGACCACUAGCACCACAACGCUCACGACGACGAGCACGGAAACGACGACGACCACGACCACCACGACGGCAACGAGCACGACGACGUCCACGUCGAGUACCACCAGUACCACGACGGUCACGACGACGACCAGUACCACGACGACCUUCACCGUGACGAGCACCACGACAUCGACGACCACCGUGACGACGUCGACCACGACGACCUCCACCAUCACGACCACGGUGAGCACCACGACAACAACCACGUCCACCACCACGUCGACGACCACGUCGACCACGACGAUCGUGUUGGUCGGGUACCAGUUCGAUUUCUGGCAGGAGCUGAUUCUGGUUGGUUGCGACGCGGCGUGCUUGCGGACGGAGGUGGCGCCGGUGCUGCUGGGCGCGUUGUUUGCGUACUUGGUGGAUAACUACGCGGUGCUGGUGCCGGCGUUUGACGUGUACUCGCCGGAGUUCGUGCCGGCCAACCGGUACCAGCUGCGGGCCGACCCGGAGUGUCCCGGCGCGGCCGACCCGACCGCGUACGCCGUCUACAAUGUGACCUUCCCCGCGGUCGUGCUCGGCCUCCAGCCCGCGUCGGUUCCCGCGGUGGCGCAGGCGCUCCGGAAUUCCCUCACGCCGGCGAACUGGAACAGUCCGAAAACGUCGCGGCCGAUCACGAACAAGUUUCAGCGGGCGCUGGACGACUUGCUGGACACCGAGACCCAAAGUUGCUUGAUGGGCGCGCUACCAACGACCACGACCACCACCACCACCACCUCGACGUUGACGACCACGACGACCACUACGAUUUACGUGCCAGGCGCCACUACCACGGUGACGACGACGAUCACGACGUCGACGAGCACGACCAGCUCAACGACGACAGUGACGACCACCACAGUUACCACGACCGUCACAACCACGACAAGCACAACCACCACAGGCACGACGACCACGUCGACGACCACUACGACAACGCUAGACCCGGCCGCGACGACGACGACGCUGGCGCCGGGCGCGACGACGACCACAACGACGACGACGACGAGCACAGUGACGACUACAUUCACGUCGUCGACGACGACUAGCACAACAACUUCGACAACCAGUAGCAGUACAACAUCGACAUCAACGGUAACAACGACAACGACAAUGAUAGAUCCCAUAGUUGUGCCCAUCUCCACCAGCACAGCCGCCGUGACGACGGUAACGUCAGUGACCACGACGACAUCUUCUUCGCAAGACCGCGUCGAGUACUCGACGGUGACGCUCAGGCUGCCGGGCAGCGAGAAGGACCCAAUUAUCAUCGGUCCCAUCCCGACCACAACGACGGGGCCCCCGCUCGUCGUGACGGAUGA